CCCAAUUUACCACACAAAACCGAAACCGUUCAGCCAAAGACAGAGGAAGACAGGGACGAGACAACUACUGCUGCUGUGUUGGCUGAUAUCGACAGCGCUGCUUGUUUGAUUGGCUGCGCUGGGCUGUGGCAGAACCACGACCUUGCAGAGUGCCCCUGCUGCACCAACACAACACACGCUGAACAAGGACUCGCCUGACAGCGCGACAGUCAGAGAGAGUGUGUGUGAGUGUGUGAGAGAGCGCGCGCACAAGUGUUGACCGGGCGCGAGAGAGCGUGCAUCAGCACCAACAACACAUCCAACAACACAUCCACACAGAGACACAACCAUGGCGGCAGCUUCGGCGUGGAUCGUGGCGCUAGCACUUGUGGCUGCGCUGUGCUGCAGCCCUGCCAUCGCAGAUGAGCACGAUCACAAGUACGAUCACGGCGAGGAGCUCGUGCUUUGGAUGAACACAGUUGGACCGUACCAUAACCGACAAGAAACGUACUCGUUCUUUACCCUGCCGUUCUGCAAAGGCCCAAAGAAGGCCAUCUCACAUCACCACGAAACCAUCGGCGAAAACCUUCAGGGUGUGUCCCUCCAGUUCAGCGGCCUGGACAUGAAGUUUGGCAUCAAUGUGCCAACAACCGAGUUCUGCUCUGUGGAGCUCACAGAGAAGAAGUACAAGGCGUUCCGCUACGCCAUCAAGAACCACUACUGGUACCAGAUGUAUCUGGACGACCUGCCCAUGUGGGCGCUGGUGGGUGACUUUGGCGCCGGUCACAACGACAAGGAGCGCAGCACCGACACAAUGUUCAUCUGGACGCACAAAAAGUUUGAUGUCGGCGUCAAUGGCAACCGCAUUGUGGACGUCAACGUCACCACGGGCAAGCGCGUGCCGCUCAAGCCAGGCAUCACCCUCCACUUUACAUACGAGGUCAACUUCAAGCAGUCGAAGGUGUCGUUUGACAAGCGCUUUGACAAGUACCUCGACCCCCACUUCUUUCAGCACAGGAUCCACUGGUUUUCCAUCUUCAACAGCUUCAUGAUGGUCAUCUUCCUUGUUGGCCUCGUCACCAUGAUCCUCAUGCGCACCCUGCGCAAGGACUUUGUUCGCUACAGCAAAGACAACGAGCUCGACGACAUUGAGCGGGACCUUGGGGACGAGUACGGGUGGAAGCAGGUGCACGGAGACGUGUUCCGGCCGCCAGACAACGUCAUGCUCUUCUCUGCGCUCGUGGGCACGGGCUACCAGAUUGCCUUUGUCGCCCUCUGCGUCAUCCUCUUUGUUAUCAUGGGUGACCUCUACACAGAGCGCGGGUCUGUGUUGACAACGGCCAUCUUCGUGUAUGCCGCCACGUCCCCGGUCAACGGCUACUUUGGCGGUGGCCUCUACGCCCGCCUCAAAGGCACGCAGUGGAUCAAGCAGACGCUACUGAGCGCGCUGCUCAUGCCGGCUGUUGUCAGCACUGCCAUUCUGCUCGUCAACUUUGUCGCCAUCUACUACAACGCCUCUCGCGCCAUCCCGUUCACCACAAUGCUGGUGGUUGUGUGCAUUUGGCUGUUUGUGGUGCUGCCGCUGACGCUGGUCGGCGCCGUGCUCGGGCGCAACCUUGCUGGCACCAUGGACAUUCCCUGCCGCAUCAACCCCGUGCCCCGGCCCAUCCCGGAGAAGAAGUGGUUCAUGCACCGCUGGGUCAUCAGCCUGCUUGGCGGCCUCCUCCCCUUUGGCUCCAUCUUCAUUGAGAUUUACUUUGUGUUCACCUCGUUUUGGGCGUACAAGGUGUACUACGUGUACGGCUUUAUGCUCCUUGUCUUCCUCAUCCUCACCAUUGUCACCGUCUGCGUCACCGUCGUCUGCACAUACUUUCUCCUCAACAGCGAGGACUACCGGUGGCACUGGACGGCGUUCCUCUCGGGCGCGUCAGUGGCGCUGUAUGUGUACAUGUACUCGUUCUACUACUAUGUGAUGAAGACCAAGAUGUCGGGCGCCUUCCAGACGACCUUCUACUUUGGCUACAGCGCGCUGUUUGCCCUCGUCGUCGGCCUCAUGUGUGGUACGUUUGGGUACGCUGGCAGCAGCGUGUUUGUGUAUCGUAUUUACAAGAACCUCAAGCUGGACUGAGAGCAGUGGCGCCCUUCUUGCUUCCUUCUUCCCCUCCCUUCCCCCAUCCUUGUCUCUCCCUUCGUUCCUUCCUUUGCAUGCGUGCGUGUGUGUGUGUGUGACUGUCUGUGCGCUUGGUUCGUUCCCGCCCUGCCCUUGUUGGAUAUCCCCCUCCCUCUUUCCCAUGCUACCUUGAACCACCAUUCCCCCCCCCCAUGCUCCCUCCCAACCCCUCGCUGCUUCCCCUCGUCUUCAUUCGUAGUAGAGAGCUUGCGUUGCCGUCACCGCACUGUCACCAGUCAAAUCAAGCAGCAGGAACCAACAACCAACAGCAGCUGUCAACGUGAAAUAUGCAGUGUGUCCCUCCUCACGUUGUAGGUGUGUGUGAC